AUUAUUGGAACCAAGCAACGCCACUAGCCAAGCCUAUCAUGUUGGACAGCUGUCACAGGUGGCUUGCCUUGUCUCCCAAACUUCUGUUGAAGUGUCACUGAAGAAGUUCACUUUAUAAAUACCCAGUCAGGUGAAGGCGGUUUAAAGACAACGAAAGCAACACACCCUAUUGUCCCCCGCUGCAUUGUUCGUCAAAUACUGGGAGAGUUGUGCCUGCCCUUCAGGCUUCGACAGGCGCAUGCGAAGCUUCAACUGCUUGCCAGAUCAGCUCCAGGAUCAGCAAAGCGCAUAAUUCUUCAAGAUGCAACUACCAAUCUCUGCGCCGUCGGUGCUGCUUGCAUCGCUCUUGGCGACACCCCAGCUUGCAUCAGCCUUCUACCUCCCCGGCGUUGCUCCGACAUCCUAUGAGCCUAAACACCUCGUCCCGCUCUACGUCAACUCCAUCAAACCGAUAGCUUCCCCCCAAGAUGCACUCCUGCACUCGGUCGUCUCAUACGACUACUAUUACCCCUUAUUCAAGUUUUGCCGGCCGGAGGGCGGGCAACAGAAUGUCAGGGCAAGCUUGGGGAGUAUCCUGUUUGGUGACAGGAUAAAGACGUCGCCGUUCGAACUGAAGAUGGCAACGAACGACACUUGCAAGCCGUUGUGCAAGGUCACCUACGACGCCAUGGCCAGUGGGUUUGUGAACAGGCGUAUACAGCAGGGCUACAGCCUAAACUUUCUGGUGGAUGGACUCCCCGCUGGACAGGAAAUCACCGAUGAGCUCACGGAGAGCAACUUCUACAGCCCGGGAUUCCUUCUCGGACACGAAAACGCCCAGAACCAGAUCUCAUUCAACAAUCACUACGACAUCAUUGUCGAGUAUCACGAAGUCAGCGGGAACAAAGAACAACUGAGGGUUGUUGGCGCUCGGGUCAAUCCGGAAUCGAAGAAGUACACGGCCGACGCAAAGUUGGGAGAUUGCAACACCGUACUGGAGCCCGUCCUCCUUGACGAAAACGGCGAGACAGAGGUGCAGUUCUCAUACAGCGUCACAUGGCUCAAGUCCGACACUGCCUGGGCCACGAGAUGGGACAAGUACCUUCACGUUUACGACCCAAAGAUCCACUGGUUCUCACUUGUCAACUCUGCCAUCAUCGUCGUCUUCCUGGUCUUGACCGUCAUGUCCGUCCUCGUCCGCACAUUGAAGAAGGACAUUGCGCGUUACAAUAGGCUAGACCAGAUCAACCUGGACGACCUGUCGGGGACCUCUGCCCUGGAAGAUGGUGUCCAGGAAGACUCCGGAUGGAAGCUGGUCCAUGGCGAUGUUUUCCGGACACCAUCCAAUCCUCUCGUUCUCUCCAUCUUGCUUGGCAACGGCGCCCAGUUGUUCGUUAUGGCUGGCUUUACUAUCGCUUUCGCCCUCCUUGGGUUCCUGUCGCCUUCCAACCGAGGCUCCCUUGGGACAAUCAUGAUUCUCUUGUAUACCUUCCUCGGCUUUGUCGGCGGCUGCGUCUCGGCGAGGGUUUACAAGUCCAUGAGUGGCGAGAAAUGGAAGCUCAACAUCGUCCUGACGCCUCUUCUUGUGCCCGGCAUUGUCUUUGGCGCUUUCUUCCUCCUUGACCUCUUCCUCUGGGCCAAACAAUCGUCCGGAGCCGUCCCUUUCACGACCAUGCUUGUCAUCAUCGCCAUCUGGUUCAUCAUCUCUGUUCCCCUCUCCUUCGCUGGCUCCUGGCUUGGGUUCAGAGCCCCCAUUCUCGAGGCCCCCGUUCGGACGAAUCAGAUUCCGCGCCAGAUUCCCCCAACGACAACCUACCUCAAGCCUAUUCCGAGCAUGCUCCUGGUCGGCAUCUUGCCAUUCGGGGCCAUCUUUGUCGAGCUCUACUUCAUCAUGAGCUCAAUCUGGUUCAGCAAGAUCUACUACAUGUUCGGCUUCCUCUUCCUCUGCUACGGCUUGAUGGUCAUCACCUGUGCCGCCGUCACCGUGCUCAUGGUCUACUUCCUCCUCUGCGCCGAGAACUACAACUGGCAGUGGCGAUCAUUCCUGGCUGCUGGUAUGAGUGCUGGGUAUAUUUUCCUCAACGCCCUCAUAUACUGGGCCAGCAAGCUCUCCCUCGGGGGUCUGGCAGGCAGCGUGUUGUAUAUCGGGUACAGCGCGCUGAUCUCGUUCCUGUUCUUCAUCUUGACUGGCUCCAUUGGCUAUUUCGCAAGUUGGUGGUUCGUACGUAAGAUCUACGCGUCCAUCAAGAUCGAUUAAACGCGCCUGUCCAUUCGGAUAAGGAAUGCAUAUAUGCGGGGUUGGGUGAAGCUUGGGAUUGAAAAGCGCAACGGGGCAGGAGAUGUACGAUACGAACGUUGUGCAGAUAAGCAUAGUCGCCUCGUCAUUUCCAUUUCAGACUCGGCCCGGGAUUACUCAUAAUUGGGAGUAGAGCAGGGCAGUCAAUGCCCGGGCGUCAGGAUGGCUGGCUUCGGUUCAUACUUACGUAGAAUAACAUGGUCUGCAUGACGGGAGGCUCCGAGUAGAGCUAGGAUGACAUUAACGGAAGUCCCUGGGACCUAGCUCUCAGUAUGUGAUAUAUAUUCUUUUCUCAGAUAUACUUGGUUUACCCUCUAAGAGGCGGAGUGAUGAAUCGUGUUCCAUACAACGCUAUACAGGGCACACGAUGCACACCAAGAUGACUACCUCCUACCUUCACCAUGCCAUCAGACAGCCUAUGACGCCUAAAAUGCC